AUGUCCAGCGAAAGCCCUGUGGAUCUUUCAGCUGAGGAGCUCGGUGCACUGCGAGCUGUCUUCAAUGUGUACGACGAGGAUGGCUCGGAGCUUCUGAAUGAACUCGACGACUGUACGGGUGAUAGCGGCAUCAUCAACUUCGAAGAUUUUAUAUCGCUCAUCCAAAACCACGUGCUUCGACAGCAACAGCAAGAGCAAGAACUGGCAGGUGGCGGUACUGGCGGUGAUCGACUUCAUGCCGGUCCAGACCCUAAAGUCAUGGAGUUCAUCGCGAUCUUGGAAGAAUAUCGUCUCAAGUGUGAAGAAGACGGCAACUACCUUGAAGCACAGCGCGCGGAUUCGCAGCUAACAGCACUGCGUCGACAAGAAUUUAAACGCCAAUCCAAGUCGCUCAAAGCACGUCAAAUUGCAGAGCGUCAGGACGUCCAGAUCGCCCACAACAUGCAGUUUAACGAUUUCAAUCAAGCCUGGGAUCAAUAUAUGGAGGAGUACGACCGCAUGGCUCAAGCAUACGUGAAGCAAAUGACCGAGAAACACGCUGCGGAUCUUACUGCGUUCCAAGAUAAACUACAGCAAGAAAUCCUCGAGCGGCCACCGAAAUUCUCCAAAGAAUUGAUCGAGUGGCGUCGUCGACAGCAUCGCCUAGCACAGCAGAAAAGUUAUGCGGAGGCACAGAAGAUCAAACAGAUUGCAGAUGAGGUGGAAGCCGACGAACGCUCCAAGAUGGGCGACGAGCUACGUGGUGCUUUCGCACGCAAGGAAGCCAAACUUCGUCAGCAGCAGCAAGCGGAGCUGGCAGCGCUGUUGAAGCGCAUUGACGGUCGACGCAAAGAGCACUUGAAGCAGCGCAAUCUGGACUCGAAGAGAUUGCUGCAGCGCAACCGCAACGUACAGUCCGUCCUUGAAUCGAAGCAAGUGGCGGAGGCCACCAAGAAGAUUCAAGAUAUCAAGAUGAGUCUUAUGCCCAAAGAGAGAGCUGCUCCACGUGGACCGUUCAACGUGAUCCCACCCCAAGCGCGCGUUAUUCGACCGAAGAAGCCAGCCACUUCUCGACCGGCAGAGCUCCCAUCCACCUCACCCAUCGACAGCCAGCGCUAA